UGCUGGCUCCCAGUUCUUGAGCAAGGAUUCCUCAACCUCCGGCGCCCCUACUUUGCUAGGACUUGGGGUGGCCUUAAGGCCCCGAUGGCUGAAGUACUCUCGACUGAGACCCAGGCAGCGAGUGAGCUAAAGGUUCCGGCCCAGCAAAACGGAGACGCGGGUGGCGAUUCGAGGGCUGUACAAGCCCCCGGCAGCCCAGAGCUGGCGGGCCCCGGAGUGGAGCCAGCUCCAGGGAAUGGGAAGCAGGUCUCAGGGAGCGGGGAGCAGGCCCCAGGGAGCGGGGAGCAAGCCCCGGCUGCAGCUGUGGGCACUGGCAAGCGGAAGAAGAGGCGGGGGGCAGCCGGGGAGCGGGUAGUGCCGCCCCCGAAGAAGCGGCGAGCUGGGGUGAGUUUUGGCGAAGAGCACUUUUCUGAGACCAGCUACUACUUCGAGGGAGGCCUGCGCAAAGUGCGACCCUAUUACUUUGACUUCCGAACCUAUUGCAAAGGCCGCUGGGUGGGCCACAGCUUGCUGCAUGUCUUCAGCACCGAGUUCCGAGCACAGCCCCUUGCCUACUACGAGGCCGCGGUUAAAGCUGGGCGCCUGCACCUCAACGAAGAGCCAGUACAGGACCUCAGCAUUGUGCUCAAGGACAAUGACUUCUUGCGGAACACAGUGCACAGGCAUGAGCCCCCAGUCACCGCAGAACCUAUCAGUGUACUAGCUGAGAAUGAAGAGGUGGUGGUUGUAGACAAGCCUUCUUCCAUUCCUGUCCACCCUUGUGGCCGCUUCCGGCACAACACGGUCAUCUUCAUUCUGGGCAAAGAGCACCAACUCAAGGAGCUGCACCCAUUGCAUCGGCUGGAUCGCCUUACCUCGGGUGUGCUCAUGUUUGCCAAGACUGCAGCUGUCUCAGAGAGAAUUCACGAGCAAGUUAGGGACCGGCAGCUGGAAAAAGAAUAUGUGUGCCGGGUGGAAGGGGAGUUCCCUUCGGAGGAAGUGACCUGCAAGGAACCCAUUUUGGUAGUGUCUUACAAGGUAGGCGUAUGUCGAGUAGAUGCCCGGGGCAAGCCCUGUGAGACAGUGUUCCAGAGACUAAGCUACAAUGGCCACUCCAGUGUGGUACGAUGCCGGCCACUGACAGGCCGCACCCACCAGAUCCGAGUCCACCUCCAGUUCCUGGGCCACCCCAUCCUCAAUGACCCCAUCUACAACUCAGUUGCCUGGGGCCCCUUCCGAGGCCAGGGUGGCCAAAUUCCCAAGACAGAUGAGGAACUGCUGCGGGACCUGGUAGCAGAACACCAGGCUAAACAGAACCUUGAUGUGCUAGAUCUCUGUGAGGGUGACCUGACACCAGGAUUCACAGACUCUACAGCUCCCUCUUCAGAGCUGGGCAAGGACCACCUUGUAGGGUUGGCUGCAUCUGCCCAGAAGAAGGAUGGAACAGUAGAGGCAGCUCCUCAGAAUCUAGACACAGUGGCUUUGGCACAAGGGAAGGCAGCUGAAAUUGAUGUUAUGACUCAGGAGACAGAUCCCCUCUGUUCAGAGUGCCGGCUGGUGCGACAGGACCCCUUGCCCCAGGACCUGGUGAUGUUCUUGCAUGCCCUGAGCUAUAAAGGGCCAGGCUUUGAGUAUUUUUCACCCAUGCCUGCCUGGGCACAGGAUGACUGGCAGGAAGACUGAAAGUGAAGAGAAUGCUUCUUCCAUGGAAGAGGGAUGGGCCUUGGCAUAGGAGCUGACUACUUGGACUGGUACUCAGGGUUUCCCCAGGAGAAAGAUUGGGCUCUAAAGAGACCUGCUCAUACUUGACAAUUCCUUUCUCCUUCUUCCUCCAGUUAGAGCUUGGGGACUUGGUUUGUAAAUAUACAAUUUUUUUCUGUCACCUGGGUUUCUUAUUGCUUGUUUCUUUUUUCUUUCUUAACUGUAUUCAAUUUAGUGCAUUCACAGAGCACUACCUUGCUGAAUUCCAUAACAUUUCAUCACCCAAAAGGAAACUCAUAUCCAUUAAACAGUCAUUCUCCAUUUUUCCUUCCUCCUGGCUCCUGGUAACGAAACUACUUACUGUCUCCAUGGAUUUAUCUGGAUAUUUCAUAUACAUGGAAUCAUAGUAUGUGACCUUUUGUGUCUGCUUUCACUUAACAUGUUUUCAGGGUUUGUCCUAUUGACUAAUUCAUACAUGUGUAAGUUUUUCAUUCCUUUUUUUAUGGUCAAAUAGUAUUCUCUCACAUAGGUCUGAACAUUAGUGUACCAAUUUUUGUUUGAAUAUGUGUUUUAAUUAUCUCAAGUAUAUACCAAAGAAUGGAAUUGCUGGGCCGUAAGGUAAUUCUAUGCUUUUUGAGAAAUCACCAAGCUGUUUCCCACUUUAUAUUCUCACCAUCUCUGCAUAAGAC